AUGCUAACUGGGCGGGAGUUAGAAACAAUUCGACUUGCUUGCGCCUAUAGCUCAAUAAUCUACUUGCAGCUACGUGACGCUCUCGCAAAUAUAUACGUGCGUGGUGCGGUGCCGGUGAAGCCGGAUCGGAAAUUAACAUCAAGCGGUUUCUUUUUGCCACGAAUGCUCGACGAGGAAUGGUUGAGGCGUCGCGUCAGUAAGUCGGGAAUCGAGAACGCAGCCACUGAUACCUCGGUGCAAAGUAACCGCACUGCUGAUGCGUCUCCUGUGCCUGAUUGGCUGUAG